GCUGUCAUAUCUACCCCGAGUCGCUUCAGCUGAGAUCGCGUCACCCUGCACAAGCAUAUCCACCCGCUCACACACACGCUCACACACACACUCUCACACACACACGCACCUGGCUCUAGUGCCCGACGUAUAAGCGAGCAUCAAGGGUUCGCCAAACGGCCAGCGCCACAGAUAGCAACCCGUCGCAAAGCAAGCACACCUCUGCAUACUUCGGUCAACAUGAGGUUCCUCUGUCUCCCCGGCGCCUACGGGAGCUCGGAUAAAUUCCAGGUCCAGCUAGCCCCGAUCGUGAAAGAGUUGACAGAGGAUGGCUCUGCCACCUUCCACUUCAUCCACGGGCCUUGCAAGGCGGUGCCUCCCGAGGGGUUCGAGGAGUACUUCGGAAAGCCGCCAUACUUCCGCUUCAUGGAGCCGGAUGAGGAUGUGGAGAAUACAGAGGAAGACGACGUCUUGGCUCGGAUCAGGGACUUCCCCGACUGCGAGACGCCCGAGGACACGAUGCGCGAGCUGAUGAGGGAAGGCAUCGCGACCUCCCACAGGAGCACCCACAACGCGCUCAAGUAUCUCGUCAAGAUCAUAGAGGAGCGAGGGCCGUUUGAAGGCAUUAUCGGGUAUUCCGAGGGGGCCACCAUGGCCGCCACUCUGCUCCUUCUGGAGCAGAGACGCUCUCGAAGGAAGGGAACAGAACUCAUGUUCAAGUACGCCAUCUUCUUCGCCGGGUGGCCUCCAGUUGACCCGGAGACGCAUGCCAUGAUCCUCGCCGAUGAUUCUUAUGACUUGAUUGAAAUCCCGACAUGCCACAUCAUCGGCUCACUGGAUCCCUACGUUCACGGCUCGCUGGCCUUGUACAACGUCUGUGACCAGGAUACGGCCUACCUGUUUGAUCACGCCAAAGGCCACACCCUACCCCGAGACAAGGAUACGGUCAAGGAGUUGGGGAAUGUGGUCCGGGAGGCCAUGGUAACCUACAAUAUUAAAUGACGUGUGCCGAGGGAUACUCAAACUUUGUUUUCC